CACCGACACUCAUUUUGCAAAAAUGGCGUAGGACUGUACAAAAUGCAGUGAGAGAUUAUUUGUUAAACUUGUCAAUUCAGAAUUUUAAUAAAAAGAAAUGCACUUAGAAUAAUAUUUUUGGCAUCAGUUAAAGUGAGAUAACAGGUUUGAAAGUGAAAUGUGAAUUUAGCGCAAUGGCACAAGAUUUGUCUAACUAAAAGAGAGCUGGUUGUGUAACGUAUCGUAGCGUCCUAUUCCACAUUAUAAACAAACACAAAAUGGGUAAACAAAAUAGCAAACUAAAACCCGAGGUUCUAGAGGAUCUGAAGCAGAACACCGAAUUCUCAGAUGCCGAAAUCCAAGAAUGGUACAAAGGAUUUCUAAAAGAUUGUCCUAGUGGACAUUUGUCGGUAGAAGAGUUCAAAAAAAUAUAUGGGAAUUUUUUUCCGUAUGGCGACGCUAGUAAGUUUGCAGAGCACGUGUUUCGAACGUUCGACGCGAACGGCGAUGGCACCAUCGACUUCCGGGAGUUCCUAUGCGCGCUGAGCGUGACGUCACGGGGCAAGCUUGAGCAGAAGCUCAAGUGGGCCUUCUCCAUGUACGACCUCGACGGGAACGGGUAUAUCUCGCGGCAGGAGAUGCUCGAGAUUGUCACUGCUAUAUACAAAAUGGUCGGCUCAGUAAUGAAGAUGCCAGAGGACGAAUCCACGCCAGAAAAGCGGACAGACAAAAUAUUCCGACAGAUGGACAGAAACAAAGACGGGAAGCUUUCCCUCGAAGAGUUCAUAGAGGGCGCCAAAAGCGACCCGUCCAUCGUGCGGUUGCUGCAAUGUGAUCCCCAAUCACAGUGAUAUCAUAAAUAUUAAUUCUACCAAUCGGGUACCUUUAUCCACACUUAUAUAAACCUAUUGUAAAGUAUCACAUAAUUUACCAUGCUUGUAAGAGCUAGUGCGCGGCGUAAAGUCUUGAGAUUUCUUUAUGGGUUGUUGUCCUGGUGUUUGACUCAGUAAUCAACUUAUUACUAUGGAAAUAGAGUACAGAAUAAACAGCAAUAUAUGUAAGAGUACAAAAAGACAAUAUAGAUAGAGGAAAUUAUAUUAUGAGAGAUGUAUAACUAAAAUGACUAUAUUAAAAUGAUAUCUCAUCGAUUUCCACAAUGUAUUUAGGUGGAUUUCUUAUUGGCUUGCAGUAUAAUAAGCUAAGUUUGUAGCUAAACGUGCUAAGAUUUACCUUUUAACGUAGUAUCACAAGUCUAUUAACUAAGUUUUUUUUAUAUUAAAAUAGAAAUAGUUUGUGAUGAAUUUCUUUAAACUAACAGAGAAUAAUAUGGAAAUUAGGAUGGGAAAAUAUAUACACAUUUGUCUAGUUGACCGUGUUCACUAUUUUAUAUACACAGUUGAAUCAAAAAUAUAUUAAUUUAUCGAUAUAUUAAUAUUUAAAUGUUCUGAUUUCACACGAUUAAUUAUUAAUGAAAUUAAAGCUGAAUGUGCAAAUUAAAAAUUACCUGGGCCCUCACCCCUAGCUGUUAAAAUAUCUUACAGUCUAUCUGUAAUAUAUCCAAUAGAUAGCGUUAAACUUGUGUUUCACAAGUGUUGAAUAUGGCUAACUGGCCAAUCUCCUCAAGCAGAUUCACCAAGCAGUUUAUCUGUCAGAGUACAGUAUAAUAUUUUAUCAGAAAGACGUGAAAAGUGGGCCUUAAUCUCGUGAGAAUGACUCAAUAAACACACGCAUGUUCUAUUUCCUUUUCAAGUACUGAAUAAAAUACUUACACGAAUGUUCUUUAUAGCUACUAGAAUCUUAUUUGACAUGUGCAAGUACACCUAAUACUACACUAAGAUCGUGUGAACUAAUUGUCAUAUAUUAGAUCAUAUACACUGCAGCGUUAAAUGGGUGGACAACGACCCAUUUAUCGACUCGAAAUCUGCUAGAAAAACCGCUCUCCGGCUCUUCUGCCGAUUCUAGGUGAAUGGCUUCACCCUUAUUGGAGAGACAUAAAGGUUAUUAUGACCGGUUAAAAUCGAUUCCGCGUCGGUAAGUGUUCGGACGCCGUUAUCGUAAGUACAAUUUAAGAACAAAAUAUGUCACGUGAUAAUGAAAUCGAUGAGUGCAAGAUUAUUUGUUUUGUAUACAUACUAUUUUCUUUUUCAUUGAUUUUUAGAAUAGUUGCAACAAUUAUAUUGAUUGACUUAUGAUCGGGGCUGUGUGAACUGGACAACAAGAUUUCGAAGCUCUCUUCGUAAACUAGGAACUAGAAUAUAAAAUGAAUAGCCAAACAUCAGGACAACUGAAGUAUGACUACUAUGUAUAGUUUAUUUACACUUUUCCCCAAGAUUCUAGUUAGUUUUAACACCUGUCCUGUGGUUGGUUACGCUGUGAAGGGAACAUCUACGCACUCCAUACGCUGUUGGUUGAUGUCCAAAUAUUUAUCUAUAUUUUAUAAUUUAUUAUAAAUUUAAAAAUUGUUACUGUGUACUAUGAAAUUGGGUGUUUUAUGAGACUGAGUCACUGAUAUGUUUAUAUAGAAAUUCCCUGGACAGUCAGCUCUAAAAGCCGCUAUUCAGUCAUCUUGGCGGCAUUUAUUAUGAGGCUAUUUCGAUCGUAAACAGAAAGCAGUCUGCAUUACCUACAUGACCAGAGUUGUACAUUAACAAUUCCAGACGAUUUGCUUCAAAUAAAGGCAUCCUUACACGAGUCGUUGUCGAAUUCUAAAAGUCGUAAUAAUAACCGCUUUUAUAGUGCCUGGUAGCUGCCGGCUACCACGAUUAGUGGCUGUGAAUUUGCUAAUUCAUCAAUUGGUUUUAGAGUUUGGUGUCACUAGUUUUGCUAUCGGAAGCAAUUGGAUUGCCAAAUUUUUUGUGUCUUUUGUAAAAGUGCCUACAAAUAUACACUUUUAUUUCAACGCAAACAUUUUCAUCUAUUUAUAUACUUUUAAAAUAAAUUUGUGUGUAACAUUCGAUAUGAGCAAAACAAACAUCAUUAUAUCAUAAAAACACUUUUUAAACAUUCAUAAUUUAAAUAAAUUGGUCAUUAAAAUCAAAUAAAACAAAAUUAGGUAAUUGGCAAUAGUUCAAUCAUUUAUUCGUUCAAUAAAUAAGUCAUUCAUUCGUCGUUAAGUUACGUCUUUUAUGCUAACUUUUGUUGGGGAACAGUUAAGCGAUAGCAUAUCACAAACAGUUAUUAUAUCAAUAAAACUACCUCGAUUUGCGCUAUUCUGCUAUUAUUGCUAAUCAAUAAUAGCAAAUUACUACUAUAAAAUGUGUUAUUUGAUAGUAAGAGAAGUGUUGAAUAAUUGGCAUUAAGUGAUAUUUGAAACAGUCUUGUUAAUCUUAUCUCAUCAGAGCGUAUUCCUGGUGUCUUCCUCAGCAAUUAAGUGUUGAGCCGUCGUAUUGAGGUCCGCAUUGUCUCCUCCACUUCGCACGGAUUUCGGCAUUUUUAGUCGUCAUCAUGUCAUAUAUCAUUCCGCACGGCAUCAUUACAAACGAUUUAGUUUGCUUAAAGUGCCUGUGAAUAUUCCAUGUUAUGGAUCUUCGCUUUAGGAUUUUUGACGUUAAAUAUAAAAUAAUGUUAUAUCGAUAUAUUUGAUGUUAGGUUAUAGGUUUGACGCAUUUGAAUAAUAACACCAGCAUUGGAAUAAAAAUUAAAUGCAUAUAUACAAGUUUCAUAAGCGUGACGAUUGCGUUAGCUUGAUGGUAUAAUAGGUGUUUUUUUCAUCUCAGAUUCAAAUUUCUCUGCGUGGGUUUUCUUUUCAGAUAAUCUAACGAAAAUAUGUUUUAUUCGAAAUAUUGUUUUAUGUAUUUACUAUGAUAGUUAUCAUGCUUAUUAAAAAUCAGUCAUAAUUAGUCGUUAAAAGUAUCGAAAUUACACGUUUAGUCCCCCGAAGCGAUUAACAUAAUAUCGUUAAUCAUAAAAAUAUUAAAACAUACAUUUAAUGUAAUAAACAGUUUCUAACACAUACUCCUAUAUCUCUCGUUUCGAUAUUUGAUAUUGAAAAGAACGAGAUAAAAUAAGAGAACUAAAACUUCGUAAAUUUUUAUGAAUAACGUUUUCAUUGAACGCAAAUUUAAUCGGCUUUCAGAAAAUUUAUUAGAUGUUAGUAUAAUAUAAAUUUAAGGCUUGAUAUAAUUAUCAAUUUAUUGCAUGUUUACCUAGAAUUCUUAUUUAAGCCUAGUGUAGAGAUAUUUGUUCAACUUAAGCAAUACUGACGCCGCUCAUGUAAGGAUAUCCUCUAUGACUCACGUCUCAUAAGGCAACCGUAAUGUUUUAGUAUUAAAAUAUAUUUGUGUCCUUCCUACCUACAUUAAAUAACGUAAUUCUAAUAAAUAGCCUUAUACAAUAGAGUUGCUAAUGCUGUAGAUAUAUUGUUCACAGUAUGGAAGAUCCCAUCGAUAUAUUUGCUUCUAUACAAAAAUUUAUUAUACAUAAGAAUAAGAUGUGAGCAGUGCAUAUAGUGCCAUUUUUAUAAAGUGUGAAAGUCGUAAUUUGUACCUUAACUGCUAAAAGCACUUUACUGACCACCAUUUAAAGAAUUUCCUUUGUUUACAAAGGAAGUUUAUAUGUUCCAGGACGGGUGGCAAGUCAGAUAUUAUAUAAAUAGUUAAAUACCUAAUAUUUAAAACCCUUUUGGUAUAGCAAGCACUGUUGAGCCUUUAUCUUGAAAUUAGAGAUCGCUGUUGAUACGAAUUGCUAGACCAAAAAGACAUGACAUGAUUUGCUAUCUCGGUUACACGUUUAAGGCCCGCUUGUAUGUUUACGGGAUUGAACUUGAAUAAAUAAGACUAUGUUUUGUAUAAAUGUCCAACAAUGUGCGACGCAUGCACGAUUGAACGUGUUAAACUUGAAACUUUCAAAAGUCAACAAGAAAAAUCAUUUGUUCAACAGUAGCGACAACCCCGCCGGACCUGAUAAGUUUAUUACUAUAGCCCGAAUUCAAGGGGGCCUAAGCUAGUAACUGCUAUGUUUUGUCUGAUACAGAAUGUUAGUCGCUGGUUUUAGUGGAGAGUAAAGGGCUAUCUACAAAGAAGGCAUAUAAAAGUAUGAACGCUGAUACAAAUCUACUAAAUUCAGCUGACUAAUCUAAAUCACGGCAAUUUUGUCUGUGUCUAUUUGAAAGCAUCAUAUCAAUAGCGGUAACUAGCAUCCGUGAUGCCAGCUUUCUUCUCACUGCUAGCAUUCACCGGCGUCCUUCGUAAAUAUCACAAUAUAAAUUUUACCACCACAAUUUUACUGCUAACAUUUGACUGCUUGUAUACGUCCAUUUUGUAUAUGGAUAGCUCAUCGUUUUUCAUGGUUUUUGAGUGAAACGCUAGACAGUCAUACGCAUUGUAUUUUAGAAGCAAACGAUCGUUUUUAGGCCUAGCUAAGCGUCGACAGUUUUUCUAAUAAUUGUUAUGUCUUGCAUUGCUGGAGACGAGAACGCAUGGCUCUAGCUUGUUAUUUGAAGUCGUCCUUUGCGUUACGCGUAGUCAUAGCUCGUACUUAUUCUGUCUCAAACACACUCUUUAUAUGCGCAAGAGGUGAUCGCUGAAUCCCUUCCAUUUCUGUCGCACUUAUGGUUUGUGCCUGAGACAGGAUCAGGAGACACGUCACGCAGCGGGCGUUCUUAUAGCUGGUAAUAAUAAACUGGUAUUUUCUUUCACUCGUACCGGCGCUAGCAUUGAAAAGACAGCAAAAUAUUUGCACAAUAUGAAGACAAACACGCAACAAACGAUACAGACGAUAUACAAAUUAAUAUUAAUUUAUAAUUAUGUUUAUGCUGAUCUAUUCGCGUAGUUGAUAUUAUUAAGGUUUAGUUUUUAGUAAAUAUGAAAAUAUAAAAAUAUGUAAUCCUCAAGUCACCCUAAGUAUUAUUCGAUUAUUUUGUUAUGAUAAUGAUUUGUAAGAUUUUUCAUGUGGUUAGUGCAAAAUGUACACAUUUAUAAUGUAAAGUUGAUCUAGAAAAUCAUGACAGCUUUAUUAUGACUAGGUUGUAUCGUGAUCUGGGCUGGCCUUCAUUCCAAAUUGUAUGCGAUUGCAAUUGUGUAUCAUUAGUACAUUAACUAACUAUUUAACGCCAAACUUAACUGAACCGCCUGCAAUUAUACAUGAAUUUACGCCCAGUACAUUUUCAGUUUCUAUCCAAAAACUUCAGCGGCAACCCAUUUCGAGUUUGGUUUGUUGGUUUGCAUCGCAAAAUUUGGAAAAAUAUUGAAAAUAUUGAGCAAAUUUGACACGUAAACGUAUAAUUUAACUGCCCUUUGAGGUUGGUAGAUAUCUCGCAUUUGCAUCCGCUUGGUGGCGCUCGUGUAGUUGGAAGACAUGGCUAUUUGACAACUGCGCAGUAAGUUGUGUACGCAUUGCUAUUUUCAGAAAUGAUGACACGAUCUUGUUGAAAUGAGAUAUCAGAAUAAGAUUGAUCUCAGAAUAAGGCAAAUAUUGGAUGACUUCCAAUCACAUUAACGCCAUUUGCAUUAAGAUUACGAACGUUCUUCAACAAUAUCUUUGCGUAUACGUAUAUAUAAGCAAGUUUAUCGUAAGUUAUAGACAGUGCUAGUAGUUAGAAACGAAAUCAAUGUACCAAAUCCAAUACAAAUUCGAAAAAAGGCCCCAGGGAUUUUAGGUCUACCAAGUUUUUGAUUGAAUGACCUUCUGUUAUGAGCUAUUGUUAGUAUGCUAUACUUUCGGAAAACUAGGCUUUUAAUUCCUCGUAUCCAAAAUAUAAAUAAGGUUUAAAUAUCGAAACGAAUACAGAUUUGUUAGUAAAUAAAUAUAUUGAAGCGUUAAUGAAAAUUCAUCAUCACUAAUAAAAAUAAUAACAUUUUAUAAGAGACCACGAAUUAAUAUUUACGGUUUUUAUCAUUUUCUAACUAGUAUCAAAGCUGGGGUUGAAAGUCAUUGUAGCAAGUCGUUUCGGCAGAAUAAUAUUUCGCCGAUAAUUUAUCUUCUUAUGAGUAAGCAAUAUCUAUAUGUAGAUUAUGUAGCCUUCAAGCCUCUAUAAGACAGGUAUGUCUUAGGCUUGUGUGUAAUUUUAUUUUGAUAAUUCGAUAUAUUUUAAAUCACGAAGAUAGUAUAAAUAUACCAAGCCAAUUUUAUCUAAAACUUGCAUGAAAGCGAAGGAUAUUUUUUUAUAUUAACUAAACAUUGUCACAUUUAUAAGCAAUUUUGUUAGCUCUAAAAAUUUUGACAUCAAUAUUUAAGAAUUAAGAAUAAUACCUAUUUUAUAUUGGAGGUAAGUAACUUAAACGGACAACACUUAAGUUGCUUUGAUAAUAUUUAUGUUUAGAUAGCAUUCGAAUUAUUUCGGUUGUCAGCAAUUAUAACACUUACCGUGUUCCAUCGCCAUGCCAUCUUUUGUGUUCUGGCAACAAGGCUAAUUUAUACAAUGUGGCUUACAUAAUUACGCACUUAAAUAUUUUAAAAGUAUUAUCAAAAUCAAAUCAAAUAUAAUUAGUAUUAAAUAUAAUUACGUGAAUUUUAUUUAUUAAAAUAUUCAUGUACGCUUAUAUAGGUAAUGUUGUAAAUCCCAUACUGUGUUCAUUAUAAAAUCGAACACGUGGUCUUUACCUUCAAGUGACGAUGCAGUUGAUGUUGCUAACAGGUAGAUGGCGAUGUGUGUCAGUAAUUCGACUGAUGUCUAUACAUACACAUGAUAGCUAUCAACGAUCGAAGGCCAAUUUGGUGUAAAAAUGCUGAUAAAUGCUUAGAACAUGAAUGUAGGGGACAUUCAAUAUUUGCUUUGCUUUGUAAUUUCGGGCGUCAGCGGUUUGCUAUUAAAAUUGUUUCCUCCAUAGUAUAAUUAUUAUUUAAAUCUUAAUACGUGAUUAAAAUAUUUAUUUCAUGUUACAACUUAUCCACUAACGUUAUUAUAUAAUCUUACGAAUAGAUUUUUGAUAAUUUUACUAACACAAUAUUUUUGACAUUCAGUUGACUUUUUUUGUAACACAUUCUACACUUUUAUAAUUUUGUUUAUUACAAUUUUUUUAGGUUUGAUUGAUACUUUUUGUAUUUUGAAUGAAUUCUCAUCUACUGUACUUACAAAUGUUUUUAUUAUUUAUUUAUCUUUUUUAUUAUUUUUGUCCUGUUAGCUAGCUAGAACAUUGGAAUAAUAUUGAAUCGAAUGCACAAUUCUUAGUUUUCGCACAACUAUUUUAUUGACGUGUUUAACGUAUGCUUCGGUGUUUUAACUAACAUUUUAUGAUUAUUGUGGAAUUGAUUGAAUAUUGAUAUCUUUUUUCUAAGUACAAUACGCAGAUUACCUGCAAUCAUAUUAACUCAUAUGUAUGUAUGUAUGUAGAAGUAAACUGUACUUUUUUAUUGGUGUUAAGAAAACUAAUAAAAUGUUUGUCGGGUUUACCCGCGUGUUUCACGGUCUAUGUAAUACUUUGAGCUAGUCAUACAAGUCACCCCGGUCCUUCCCACACCCGGGAUGCGCGCCGUUUGCUUGUGUCUGUGUUCGUGUAGCAAACAUAUCGGCGAGCCGCGGCUCCAGACGAUGAUAUUGUCGUACCUCAGCUGGUAACCUCUGCAAUAAAUCAUUUCUAAAAAUCUCGAUGUUGAAUUGUAAGAAAGAUCAAUAUUUUUAAUAUAUCAUUUUAAAUUUAUGUACAGGUUGUUAGAUGUUCAUUCAUGUUUAAGGGUGUUUGUCGUUUUACAGAGGAUAUUCUAAACUUCUCUUAUGACAAGCUUCCUCAUGUAGUAUUUGCGAACUGUCCCAGUGUUUAUAAAUGUAAUUCCAGUAUGUUUAGGUGCCUACAUUGAGCCGUAUAAGUGUUUCCUGAAUAAUAUGAUCUUUAAAACAUUCAGAAUAGAUCUAAACAGAAUCUCAGACACGUCAAAGGUCAUGAACGUUUCAAUUAUUUGACAUAUUUCAUUAGAUUUUUCGUCUACGCAGUUGAUUUUAUAAUAAUUUUUGCAUCGAGGGAAGGUGAUUCGCAUGCAAAAUGAUAAGUGUAAGCGCAACAUUUCGCUUGCGUUAUUGGCCACGUUGGAAAUUGGUAGUUUAGUCUGCUCGGUUUGCUUCAUCCCUUAGCGUUGAGUGGCGACGACAUAAACGUAAGAUAGAGUCGGGUAGCGGAGUCGCACGGCGCGGCAACGUCGCCUGCGCCGGCGCCUGUCUCAGUUCGAGAUCCAACAUGGAGGAAGUGUUUUGCGAAGUUCAAAUACAAAUCCUCCACUAUUGUUGAACAUGCUUCUAACGCCAUGCGUACGAAUCACUCACCACGCUCUGCCUAGAUAGAACUUUACCUAAUUAAUUAUACUUAGAUAGCAUUGUGUUCCAAAUGAAAUAAACCAGAUCAACUAAUUUUACUAAAUUUAAUAUUCAAUGCUGAAUAUUUUUUUUAUGGUCUUCCAGUAUUGUAGUAGACGACUAAACUACGAAAUGUAAUUUGGCCUUUACGAAGUAAAUACAUUUUAAAAAAUUGAGAGUAUGUCUAGAAGAUUUAGUGCACCGACUAGUUUAUUGCUAGCAUUAUAUGGGUGCUAAUUUUUACAUACAUAAUGAAUUAGAUCGCUUCUGGUAAUACAUAACGUGUCGGUAUAUCUGGCGGUUAUAUAUAUUGUAUUUACGAUGUAAAUUUCUGCGUUUCAACACGUUUCUCCCUACACCUAGUUAGGCACGGUUUGCUUUUUCCCACUAUAUGCUAAGAAGUCUUCUUCCUUAAUAUAUAAUUUUCACUAUUUAAUAUCGUCACUGAUAUAAUCUAUGGUGCAUAAAAUGUCCUAUGAGAUUAAAGGAUUGUUAGAUAAAAUAUAUCUAUGAAUACUUUUUGUAAGUAUCGCAGUGUUUAGAGUAUAAUGAUUUGAUACGUAAAAACUUACGCUCUCUUAAGAGUACGUUGACAAUGAAAACCAGGGUGCUAUUGGUUCGGGAAAUUUGUUGGUUCCUCCGGGUACCUGCAUCCUCCCCUCUCAGAUAACUCUGAAUGACGAUAGGCUCAUCUAUCAUUUGGUCUUAAAUCAGCUGAUGGUCAUGUUUUCUAAUAUCAUGACCGUAAAUCCAAAAUUUGUAAUGCUUUUCAUUAACAAUUUGUGAAGUGGAAGUAAAUUAGUUAGCGGGGGCCAUGAGAUCGGCCCUCUUUGAAGGACCAAAUGUACAAGAACUGUAGCACUAAGUAAUCAAUCGGUACUUAUACCGCCGGCCUGCUCCGGCUAUAAGGCAGGGUCAGACCGAAUUCGUUUAGAUGGGUAUAGAUGGGUUUACUUCCUGUAUUUUCCCAAUAGACUUAUGCAUAGCGCCUUACCGGCGUGACUUGUAUUACAUGAAACUAUAUGAGACGAAUCAAACUGGCUGCGUAGCGUACGAGUGCAUGCAUGGACUACGUACAAUACACAUAAGUUGUGCAUACGAUUUCGGUCUGAAGCUGCCUAUAAUCGAUUUUAUUUAUUGACUAAUUGUUGUGGGUCACAUAUCAAUUCGCUUAUUGACAAUCUCGGUGUUAUAUUGCAAGCACUACGCGUGUUGCCAACUUAAUUCGACACGGUUCAAAUUUGAUCUUUGAUAGCACCCUCUCCCCUAAAUAUCGUACAAUGAUAAAUGUUGUAAUAUCUACUCCAAAAUGAAAUAUAAACUUCAAUGCUUCAACAGAAACUUUCGGAUCUGACGUCAUAAGGUAUCAAUGAUAGUCGUCAUUUUUGAAAAUUUAACGGAUUGUUAAAUAUGUGUAUGUUACUGUAAAAGCCUAUACGAAGGUAAACCUCGAGAUUUGCCAAGUGAGACCUACUAUUUUUAUAUUUUACUAUCGCAUACAGGUCAAGUCAGAAACUUUUGAUCUCGAUAUCUGACUUAUACUCACUUAGUAAAUCUUAAACUUUACCUGACAUAGUUCUUAACUAUAUAUUAAAAUGUAAGGUCAUGAAUUAUAAGUCAUUACAGUGACAUAAACUAGUCCGUUGUAUGGCAUAGAUGAUGAUUAUGAUGGGUUGAUAUUAUAUACCUUUUGUACAUUAUGACGAUGCAUUUGUCUUGACGAUUCAAAUUUCUGUGUAGUCAAUUUGUAAAUCCUAACAUAAUUUUCUUUAAAAUUGACCUUCUAGUUCUGAUACUCUGUUUUAGAUUAAAAUUAUUAUAUCUAUUUAUUAAAUCUUUCUUCUCUCA